ACAGCAGAAAAAAUACAAGUGCAAUUACUGGCUGCUAUGUGAACUGUUAUCUACCAAAUGGUUUUCUUACAGUACUGAGAUUUUUGUCUCCAUACUGCAUGCUUUCAACAAAUGUGGUUUGCAUUUCACCCAAGAAACAUAGGAUCUCCUUUUUAAUAUCUAUAUUAAAAAAGCUAAGUGUUUGACAUUAAAUUGUCCAUAGUAAAUAGCUGACAGGAAGCAAACUGUUCAAAGUUGGAAACAAAUAAACAUUUACAACCCUGCUGUGGUAAAAUUCAUAUUAAAGUCCUAAGUUGGAAAUCCACAGGUGCAGAAAGGAAGGGUUUUGGAGAAAGGCAAGAUGGUAGAUUGAAGUAUGAAAACUUUAAAGUGGGUGAGAACUGUGUGGGAAGAAUGAUUCUUUGAAUGUUUCUUGAAAAGUAAGACAAUGUCUUGUAAAGACAGCACUGGGAAAAUGACAGAUUCCAUGGAGGCCUGAGAGGUCAGGAAAAGAGAAUGCAUGAUGUGCUGUGCUCAGUUAUCUCUUCAAGAAGAAAGAAGGACUUGGAGAAAUGGGCAUGUAGAUAAAUGUGAUAAGCAGAGAAGUAGUUGGACAUGAAUAUUUGGGAAUCAUGGCAUCCUCUCAGGUGAAAUAAAAAAAUGUCAUUUGCUACCAGGAAGCAAAAAUGGCACUACCUCAACCAGCAGAGGUAGAUAAGCAGUCAUUGACCACCUGAACUGCAAGAAAAAUUUGGGGUAAAGCACACACUGAAAAAAUGGGAGUUGCAAAGAUCUUUUUAAGAGAAUGGUUGGAAAAUAAAAAAAUAUUACUCCUUCAAAGAGAGAAAAGCAAAUCAACGCUUCAGAAAUGGAAAGGCAAUAUGAAGAAAUAGUUAAUUUUAAUUAUUUCUGAAAUGUUGGGGCAAAUGAAAACAUUAAGAGCACGAUAUUAGAAGAUAACUUUCUUCUCCCUCACAUUUUCUUGAAAAUCAUAUUUGUGUAGAAAGUAGAGAAACAAAUCUGCUCCCAUGGACGCACUGAUCUCCAACAUGAAUAAGCUAGUUACAAUAAUACAUCACAUGAAGUGGAAAUUAUGAUUGACAAAAAUAAGGCAGUGAACAACUAAGGAAGGACAGAGAAAGCUGUUGAAGGUGCAGGAGCCGACCUCAGAAGAAGCCUGUUUUCUCAGAUGAUUAUCAGGCUCUGAAGAGAAGUACUCUGCCCAAAAAAAUCACUGGAGAAGAGCACUUAACUGCAGAAGGAGCUGAGACACUCCACAAGAUUAAUUCAGUCACACGCAUCAAGCUGGCUGAUGUCAGGGUCAGAAUAACCCUGGUAGAAAGCACAAUUUACCUGGAAAAGUCUGGAAUCUCAAUCCCCAAAAGAAUGUGUUGCUCACAGUAUAUUGUUGAAAAGGAACAAGCAUUUAGAGAAUGUAUUUUCAAAUGGAAUUUUUUUGUGUUGUAGUUAAGGCUUUUAGCAGUGUGAUGACAGAAUGUGGAAAAAUAAGGCUUUCCCUCAAGAGAGAGUUCUGGCAUCACAGAAGCAAAGGACUGCAAAGGGAGGUAAACAUAACUUGAGUAAUCAAACCUGGUGCCAAGGAAGGAACAAGGAUUCACCUGGCAAAGAACACUUCUCAUAGACACAGAUUUGCUCAUCACUCUUUUGAACAUGGAGCUACAAGCACAAACAUGGGAUGGUCAGAGCGUGUGGCUGCCGUGAUAAGCACACUGCACAGAUGGGCGAGGGUCUUACAGAGCAGAGAAGGAAUUAGAAGAUGCAGGCACUCCUGAUGAAAAAGUUAACAGUGCUGGAGAAGAGAAUUUGAACCUCAAAAUAAAAGAGCUGGAAAAGUCAGAGCAAAAACUGAAAGGUGUUCUAGAGGACUACGUGGAGUCAGAUUCCAUCCUGAGAAACAGGAUGAAAGAGCUGGAGCUGUCACACAAAACACUUCUUGUGAUGAUUGAUCGACUUUAUGCGAAGCUGGACCAGGUUGAAAAUGCCAAUGUGCGCAUUAAAGGGAAACUGCGAGACAUUCAGGAGGACCUGAUCAACUUGGUUGAAAACCAAAAGAAGUCAGAGAAGAAGCACAAGGAAAAAUUGCGUUGGCUUCAGGAGCAGCUGAAGACAAAAGAGGAUGAAAUAAAAAGCCAGUCAGAAUAUUUUGAGCACUACAAACAAAGGCAGAGACAACAGACAGCAGUGCUGAGGAAAAGGGACUGUUGCCUUCAGGGUGAGGUAUCUAGGCUGGAAAAGCAAGUCCUAGAUCUUAAUGCCCAUAUUGCUCUUUUGACAUCUGAGAUGGAAGAGGGAAUGGUGCAGCACCUCCAGCAGAAGCUGCAGUCAGUGUGCGGUGGGACUCAGGGCUAUAAACACCCUGGUGGGGAAGAAAUAGAGUGGAAGACUUGUAUUGAAAAUGUGGAGCAUGAUGUGAAAAGCCACCUCAAGGAAUUUCAGCAAAAACUGAAGUUCUUGAGGGAAAAAGAAGAGGACACUAGAAGAGAACAGGCAGACCUGCUGGCUGAACUGCAGUGCUCUCAGAACACUGAAGACUUUCUCAGAACAAAAUUGGAAGAAUCUCACCACCAUGUCUAUAGUUUAAAAUUAUCUGAAAUCAGACUACAGGAAAAAGUGGAAGAGCUUUUAGAUGAAAACAGAACUUUAAAAGAUCAAGGUACUCUGAAAUUGAAAAAGAAGAAAGAAAACGACUCAGAACUUACAAGAUUGUUGGAUAAGGAAAACAGUGUUAACCUGAAUGGAGAUCUAAUUCAAGAUGAAGUUCAGAAUCUGAAAUGGAGACCAGUCUUGGAUUCACUCAGAAGCAGAGCUACUCAAACUCCACUUGUGCAGCUACACGAUAAAGAGUCUGAAGCACCAGCCUGUGGUUGUGAUGGAUUAAAGCAGAUGGAGGAGCUACCAGGAGAACUUGUACCAGUUUUGGAAUGCAGUUCCAGUGCCUUUGUAAAUGUUGCUGGUCUAGCUGAGACUGAGCAGGUCACCCUUGGAGCACAGAGGGCAAAUACUCUAGAGGAUAGUUUCACUUUGCUCAGGUGUACUCCAAGGCAUCAUGCAGCAGGACUGCUUCCCCCUUGUUCUGAGAAGUUACCCAAUGAUGAGACAAGUAAGGAAACCAAAGAUGGAGAAACCUUUUUUCUCUUGAAGAAACACACUAUAACUCUACCAGUGAAGACAUUCCAGACAUUCCCUGCUUCUGUGGUUGAAAUCUUAAUGAGGAAGAAGCUCCAACUGACCUUGUUUGAACCUGGAAGAUGCAACAUAACAGCUUUCACCACUGAGAAGAAAGAGAGAAAUCUGAGUUUCUGUGAGACAAAUACUAAUCUUUGGUCUGAUGGCCUUGGCAUUGUUGCAAAAGGAGGAUUUUAUGACAGAGCUACUGAACUUCUUCAUGGAAAGUUGCCUUCCACUGUGGCUGAAAUUUUUACAACACCUCUAGAAGAAUGCAACAGGGAAAAACAUUGGAGAAACAAGCAAAUUCUGCCAAAAAGUGUAAGUGAAAACAAAUGUCUGGAUAAAGAUGUUGAUGAUGAAAAGUAUCACAAAAAAAUCUUUACAAGGGGAGCUAAAAGACAAGAAAUAAAGAAUGACAAAGCCCAACAACAACACGUGACCUGUGAUCUUGGGGAAAGUUCUGAAGUUUCUUACAAAACUGUAUUAUUCAGUCCUGAGAAGCAAGGAGUGGAAGCCAAAGAGAGUCUCCAUAGCAUGCAGGAUGCUCAGAGUUUAUCUGUUGAUUUUAAAGACUUUAAAAAGUGUGUUGAAGAGAGUCCUGAACGAAUGGAGAAAGAAGAAAAUAUUUCAGUAAACUGUGCCCCUGAUGUGAAUAGCAGAUGUAAUGGAGAGUACAUAAUUGAAAUGGAAGAGAAAAGAAAGCAGGCUCAGAAACCAACUCAUCUAACAAGCCCCUCCAGCAGUAUUGGCCUGAAAAAAAGGAAAGAGCAGACCUUGAAACUAUGUGAACCAAAUGAGAAUUUCUCAUGUCAAAAAAUAGCUGCUAAAAACAUGCAACAUGCAUACUCUCAGAAUUUUUUUUCAUCAGAUAGAGAGAGGUGUCCACUAAACUUUCUGUUUCCUCUGCAAGAGAGCUGGAAGUGA